AUGCCAGUGAGGGAUCCUAGACUUCGAAUUGGAGGGAAGGUGACGGCAAAGGCUUGUCAUGUUGUGCAUCUGAGCAAGUGCGCACAGAGAUAUGGCGUCAACAAGCACUCCAAGCGGCUUGUUGGAACGGUUCUAGACGUCACGACCACCCCUGUAUCCGUUUCAACCGGGCGUACCUCUACUUUGAUUACAACAGUUUAUGAUUUUGGAGAGAGUUUGUUCAAGGAAAAAACACUGAACAUUCGGAGUGUAAAGGCAUUUGUACUGCCAGAAGAUGAAGGAAUGUCCUUAAUUGAGGAAAUAGCCGCAGAGGCAGCAGAGGCAGACAUGGAAGCCGGAAACUUGAUGGAAGAGAGUGUCGAAGCCCCGGUAGCCGAAAUCGUUGAAACCCCGGCUGACAUAGAGCCCAAUACCUUGGUUGACACAGAGCCCGAUAGCCCGGUAGCCGAAAUUGUCGAGACCCCGGUUGAUGACAAUACCUUGGCUGACACAGAGUCCGAAAUUCUGGUAGCCACAGUGCACCAAACAGAGUGGUAUGUGAAUGAAAGAAAAACCCGGCUGGAUGUGAAUGGCCAUGUCUAUAUUGGGCACUUCUAUAUCCGUACUUCAGUUGGUGACCUUAUUGGUCAAGACUCUGACAAUGAGCCGGAGAACUUCUUCGGUUCUUUGGAAUCCUCAUACUCACCACAAACUUUGAGUUCAGUAGCCAGGCCCAACUAUGGUCCACAACUGCACCCUCCCAACAAAGAGGGUGACAAGGAGGAUGAGUAUCUACCUCAUGGAAUAGGAAAGUCUGCUGGACAGAAAGAAAAGCAGAAGGAUUUCUACAGUGCCUUACAGUGGGCGUCACCAUAG